AAAAAUCGGUUUCCCAACAAUUCUAUAUAAAUUCUCUCUCUCAUUUCCUUUUCCUCUCCCUCUCUCGCUCUCGUCAAAUCAUUCAAAAUCUCUUUAAAAAUCCCUAAAAUAUUUCCGUCUAGGGUUUUCAGUCGAACAAAGGAAAGAAAGGAAAGAGUUCUCUAGAGUUUUUGUUCGAUCACUUUUUUUCUCUCAAGAGUUUUCCUUUUUGGAAAUUAGGGAAGAUGUCGUUGAGGCCAAACGCGAGGACGGAGGUUCGGAGGAACAGGUACAAGGUGGCGGUGGACGCGGAGGAAGGGAGGCGGAGGAGGGAGGAUAACAUGGUGGAGAUUAGGAAGAGCCGCCGUGAAGAGAGUUUGCAGAAGAAGCGACGUGAAGGACUCCAACCACAGUCAAUGCCUGCUUCUCUUCACUCCUCUGCUGUUGAAAAAAAGUUGGAAAAUUUGCCAGCCAUGGUUGCUGGUGUCUGGUCCGAUGAUAGUAAUAUGCAGCUUGAGGCAACCACACAGUUUAGGAAAUUGCUUUCAAUUGAACGCAGCCCACCUAUUGAGGAAGUGAUACAAGCUGGAGUUGUUCCUCGCUUUGUUGAAUUCCUCAUGAGGGAAGAUUUCCCACAGCUUCAGUUUGAGGCAGCCUGGGCCCUGACUAAUAUUGCUUCUGGGACAUCUGAGAACACAAAGGUGGUAAUUGAUCACGGGGCCGUUCCAAUAUUUGUGAAGUUACUUGGUUCCCCAAGUGAUGAUGUUCGUGAGCAGGCUGUCUGGGCUUUGGGAAAUGUUGCUGGUGAUUCUCCUAGAUGUCGUGAUCUUGUCCUUGGUCAUGGCGCUUUGCUUCCUUUGUUGGCACAGUUGAAUGAGCAUGCUAAACUUUCUAUGCUGAGAAAUGCUACAUGGACACUCUCAAAUUUUUGUCGGGGCAAGCCCCAGCCUCCCUUUGAUCAGGUUAAGCCUGCUCUUCCUGCAUUAGCACGCCUUAUUCAUUCAAAUGAUGAAGAAGUCUUAACUGAUGCAUGUUGGGCGCUUUCAUAUCUUUCUGAUGGUACAAAUGACAAAAUUCAAGCUGUUAUAGAAGCAGGUGUAUGUGGGCAUCUGGUGGAACUUUUGCUGCACCCAUCUCCUUCAGUGCUAAUUCCUGCUCUUCGCACGGUUGGAAAUAUUGUCACAGGAGAUGAUGUGCAAACCCAGUGUAUUAUCAAUCAUCAAGCAUUGCCAUGCCUUUUGAACCUGUUGACAAAUAAUUUUAAAAAGAGCAUCAAGAAGGAAGCUUGUUGGACAAUCUCAAAUAUCACAGCCGGAAAUAAGGAGCAGAUACAGGCUGUGAUUGAAGCUAAUAUUAUUGCUCCUCUGGUUCAUCUGCUUCAAAAUGCUGAAUUUGAUAUUAAGAAAGAAGCAGCAUGGGCCAUCUCUAAUGCUACAUCUGGUGGUACUCAUGAUCAGAUAAAGUUCCUUGUAAGUCAAGGUUGUAUCAAGCCAUUGUGUGAUCUUCUUAACUGUCCUGAUCCAAGGAUAGUUACAGUUUGUUUGGAAGGGCUUGAAAACAUUUUGAAGGUAGGAGAAGCUGAUAAGAACCUGGGCACUACUGAAGGUGUGAAUCUCUAUGCACAAAUGAUUGAUGAUGCAGAGGGUCUAGAGAAGAUUGAGAAUUUACAGUCUCAUGAUAACACUGAGAUUUAUGAAAAGGCUGUGAAAGUUCUUGAGACAUAUUGGUUGGAGGAGGAGGAUGAGACAAUGCCGCCUGGUGAUGCCUCUCAAACAGGGUUUCAGUUUGGAGGGGGUGAGCUUCCUGUUCCGUCAGGGGGAUUCAAUUUCAGCUAGAGGUCAUGUACAAUUAGACAUCUGCGUCUGUAGGUAUUGGUUUUCUCUUUUCUGCGGGUGGGCUUUGCUCUUUUGUAGAUCUUUCAUGCGUGCGGUGUUAUAUGGUACACACGAAAGUACUAGUAGAUUUUCAAAUGGGACUGAAGCUUGGUGGAAAGAUACACCUCAGCCACGCCUUGCUUAGAUCCGAUCUUAAAUGGUGAGAGCGAAUGCUUGCUGGAAAUUCCUUCUAGUCAAUUUAGGAGAAACACCAAAAUCCAAUGCUGUCCAAUCGUUUCCUUUGGGCUUUGGCAUUGGAGGUGCCUGGAAUUUUCAUCACAGCGCCAAUAUUAGCUAACAAGCAUGGAAGUUUCCUAAAGCUGGAGGUGGUUGAUUUCUAACAUGGCUUCCUUGUGAUAAUGUCAUCAGCAAAAACGAGAAUGGACCAAUUGGGUAGAGAGGGAUCUUAAUGUCUAUGGAUUGGAUUUGGAUAAGCCCUUUUGCAUAGCCCAUUUUAAAGCUUUACCAACCACAAGACCAAUAAAAAGCCCAGAAGGGGACAUAUUGGGUUCAACAAUGGACUAUUUUUUUCUCCGUAUUGGGUCUCAUGUAAAAGUUUGUAAAGCGUUAGAACUAGUUGUUCAGUUGCAGCUCCAGGAUUAACAAAUAGCCUAGUUCAAAUGGUGUAAAUUUUUUAU